AUGGCAAAAUUUGCACUUGUUGCUCUUGGGGGAGGCGGUGGAGACAUUGGAAAGCAUAUCAAUCAUGGUGGUGGUGAUGGAGGUGAUGAUGAUGGUGAUGAUGAUGAUUACUUUGAUGACUUCGACGAUGGUGAUGAGGGUGAAGAGGGAGGAUUAUUUAGGAGAAGGCUAUUUCUUGAAGAGCUUUACGAUCGAAAAUUUGUUGAUGCAGUGUUGAAUGAGUGGCACAAAACAAUGAUGGACUUGCCUGCAGGGUUCCGACAAGCUUAUGAAAUGGGUUUGGUCAGCUCAGCUCAAAUGGUAAAAUUCCUAGCAAUAAAUGCCAGACCAACGACUACUAGGUUUAUAUCCAGAGCACUUCCUCAAGCAAUUUCUAGGGCAUUUAUUGGCAGGAUGAUUGCGGACCCUGCCUUUUUAUAUAGGCUUCUUUUGGAGCAGGCUGCUACAAUUGGUUGCUCUGUUUGGUGGGAGUUGAAAAAUCGCAAGGAUAGGAUAAAACAAGAAUGGGAUCUGGCCCUUAUUAAUGUGCUAACAGUAACAGCAUGCAAUGCCCUUGUUGUUUGGUCACUUGCUCCUUGUCGUUCUUAUGGAAACACAUUCCAGUUUGAUUUGCAAAAUACAUUGCAGAAGCUUCCUAACAAUAUCUUUGAAAAGAGUUACCCUCUUAGAGAAUUUGACUUGCAGAAGAGAAUCCAAUCGUUCUUCUAUAAGGCUGCGGAGUUAUGUAUGGUUGGAUUAACUGCUGGGGCAAUGCAAGGUUCCUUGACAAAUCUUUUGGCCCGUAAAAAGGAUAGGUUAUCUGUGACAAUCCCACCUGUGAGUACCUAUGCUCUUGGUUAUGGUGCUUUCCUUGGACUUUAUGCGAACCUGAGAUACCAGCUAUUAUGUGGAAUUGAUAGAGCAGUGGUCAAUCAUUUUGAUGUCAUUGGAGUGGCAUUGGUUUUCAGCACAGCUUUGAGGAUUUUAAAUGCCCAAGUAGGAGAGACAUCAAGGCUAGCUUGGCUAGGGCUAGAGCCAGAUCCUGUGGUUCAGUCAGAUGACCUUUUGAAGGCUUACAACAGGUUGUCUUCAGGGGAUGCUACGGUGUCAUCUUCUAAAUGGUUUAUCUCUAAGAAAGCUCUAGUUUCUGGGCUCGGGCUCCUUGGCAUAAAACAAGGCGAUGCUGAUUCCAUUAACGGGGAAUCACCAGCACUAAAGGUCCGUAGAAAGAGGGUUGUGCGGAAGAAGGUGUCUGCAAGUGAAGCCUAACGUAGAUUGAUUGAAUUACUGUUGCCUUCCAAUUUUGCUCCCUUCAGGCAAUAGAAACGUCAGCAUGGUUUUGGCCAUAAAAAAUAAGCCAAUAGAAGUUUCACCAUGAUUCCCAUAUGCCACUGCAGAGAGACAGAGAGGUGUUUCCAAAUGACACCAGCAUAAGAACCUUUGCGAGGAUUAGUUUUUAGGGGGAAAGGAUGUGUUAUAGAUUCCUGUACUCAUUGUUUUGUUUUUGAUGGCACAGCUUGCACUUGUAACACAGCAUUCCAAGCUGUGUAGGUCGGCACUGGUGAUUUCAAUAAAUUGGAAGUUUGAUUUUGAGCCU